AUGUUACCUAAUAUCAAUUGGAUCUUGGGCCUCGGCCUCUUGAGCGCCGAUGUUGUGCGCUCAGUUCAGUUGACCCAGGAUGCACGUUCUCUAUUCGAUCAAUCCAUGUCCUUCCAGGACCAGAUUUACGACCCCGAGGUGUCAUAUCUGCGCAACUUCUAUUACCCUCUUGCCGCCGGUCCUCAUGAAACCCGGUCAACCGUGUGGUAUUCCAUAGGGCUCCUGCAGCGGAAUCGCGGAAACGACGUGAAGGAGGCUAUAAAAAUUAUUGAGAACGUCAUUGGUGACCAAGAGAAGAAUGAAACGGUACAGUGGUACGGUGAUUAUACCGUGUAUCCUGAGCAGCCAACUGUCGGAAGUCCUGCGUAUGCUCCAAAUAUCUACAAUUCCUGGGACCCCAACUGGAGAGGUUUUAUUGGCACGGCAUUGAUCAUUAUCUACGAGGAGUUCGGAAAAUUAUUGCCAACCAAUGUCCAAACCCUGAUCCUCGAAAGCCUUCAAAACAAUACCAUCGGCGACACCUACCGUGUUGGUGGUGUCGAUCAUGACAAUUUGUAUCCAGCCUACUCAAAUGCCUGGAUAAUGAGAACCGUGGCCAGCUCCUGGACAGGACUGAAACUGAACGAUUCGAAUAUGACUAUUUCGGGAGACAAAUGGGCACAGGAGUUCCUGGAUCUUUUCAAUCUCAAUAACACUCUGUCCGAGUUCAAUGGUCCAACAUAUGCCGGUGUGUCACUUUAUGCCCUUACGAUCGCAGCGAAAUACCUGUCAUCUACGGAAUCUGUUAUUGGCCAAAACGCCAAACGCGUAAUUCAGGAUAUUUGGGAAUACGAAUCCUUGCUCUGGAACCCCAAUAUGCGCAACUUUGCCGGUCCCUGGGACCGCUCUUACGGCUACGACAUGAACAACUAUGUAGCCAUCAUGUCAGAAUGGAUCUGGGCAAUAAUUGGCAAGGAACAUGUCUGGCACUACAGCUCCCCGAUUUCCACAAUGACGCAUUCCGACGAUUUCCAAUUGGCGCCUGUCAUCGCCGUGCUCUCUAAAUUCCACAAGAGCCUUAUCUCGGAUAGUGUCAUUUCACGAUUCAAGUCCUUCGCUGGAGAGCAUACUUAUUCCGGACAUACAUACGCUCCUCCAGCGGACUACGAGCCUCGCAACAUUACGACUUGGGUAUCCGCAAACUUGACAAUUGGCACAGACUCAUUCAAUCAGAGUGUCGUCGGUGGUUAUUCAGAGGACUCAAGGUCUUUCAGCCCUUCGGUCGUUCAAUGGAUCCGUCCAGGCGGAUCAAUUGGAUAUUUCAAUUUGUAUCCUACUGAAACUGCAUUGAAGGCAGAAGUAACUCCGUACGCGCUGAAUUUGACGUAUCCUCUUGGCGACGCGAAGAGCAGCUUUACUUUUGUUCUUGCGUCAAAUCCGUUGGGGUCGAAGAGAGAUAUUACUGGACUACAAGAUGUCAAUGGUUUGAAGAUUGAGGUUGUGGGCGGUACUGUUGAUCCAGUGCCUGAGAUAUCGUUCUGUGGUUUGGUGGGCGGAACUUGCAAUAUUAUCCAUGGAUUUGAAUUUUGGAAUUUGACAUUCACCAUGCCAGCGAAUAGCUCCGACGUUCCUAGCGUUCAGUUCAAGUUUGCGCUUGAAUGA